AUAAAUCUUGGGAUCGACGGCUGAGGAAAACCGAAGCGACGCCCAUGAUGAUAACAGUGGCUUCUCCACGCCCUCCCCGAAUCUCCCCGUCGUCGACCUUUCCAAAACCUGCUAGCUCUUCUGAACAUCCCAGCGUCCUCCCGUGCGUUUCAAUCCCAUUUCGCGGUUUCCAAUCCAGGGUGCGCACGAGAUCUUUCUUUAGGUGCUUCUGCGCCGGGAAGGAUAGCGCAGAUGAACUGUUCGAGGGGUUUUCAGUGCUUCCAUCCGACGUACCAUGGGAAAAUAGUGACGUAUGGUCCAUAUGUGCGGCCUAUUUCUUCGUCUUGCACGUUCCUUUGAGCUUUGGAGGGCUCUCAGUCAUCGCUCAAAUUCUUCAUGAACCUAACCUUGAUCCGCUGACGAUGGUGAACGAGCUAUUCCAGAUAGCAAAUGUUGUGUCCAUCACUGUGCUACAAGUUACAGAGUAUGUUGGAGUUUCAACACUGUUGCAUUUUAAUGCAAAGCCGCAAUAUGAUGUUUGCAGAUUCUUCCAUGCAAAGUGGUUUUGGGGAGGAAGAAGCUGCAUCACAGCAUCUAUUGUGGGGAUUGGUACUUUGAUUGGGCUAGUGUUUCUCACAUCCAUAGUUGCUGACAUGCUGGUUGGACCUAAGGAUGUGAAUGACCCGAUCUUGAAAAAGAUUCUUUCGGAUAGCCCUUUGUCUAUGAUGUCAUGCUUUUUUCUGUAUUGCCUCGUUAGUCCUUUGUUGGAGGAAACUGUUUAUCGGGGGUUCCUUCUAUCAUCUCUAUCCUCCACAAUGAAAUGGUGGCAAGCUGUUAUUAUUAGUUCAUUUGUUUUCAGCAUUGGCCACUUCUCUGGUGAGAAUUCUCUGCAACUCUUCCUCAUUGGUUGUGUUGUUGGUUCUGCAUAUUGUUGGACUGGCCAAUUGACUCCUUGCUUUGCCAUUCAUUCUGUAUAUAAUGCAAUGAUAUUACUAAUAACUAUGAUGUCGUAAAUUCAUAUCAAGGAUGUACACUAAGAUCGCUUUCAUUUAGUUGCAUGUUCACUUUUCUUUUGUUUCUU